AUGUCGAGAUGCGCACACGCUUUGGACUUGCUGUCGGUGGCGUCGUUCGCCACCUCCGCCAUGGAGAAUCAGUCCGCCCUCUUUUUUCAAGAUUGGGAUGGCGACGAAUCCGCCAUCGCCGACAACGAAUCCGCCAUCGCCCACAGCGAAUCUACCAUCGCCGAUGACGAACAAGAUGAUGGCAUGACUCCGCGUCCCUCGACACCACCAUAG